CGAUAAUAAAAACAGCAACAACAGUGACGACAUUGCUAUUUUUGUUUUGAGUUUCACCACUGCUGGAAAGAAUGUCGGACCUCGCUUACCUAGACACAUUGGAUAACAAAAAGCUUCUGGCCAAGUGCCUGGAGUUAGGCUUGCCCGGAGUUCCGGUGACGAACAGCACUCGCAGCGUCAUCAUUCGCCGGCUGAAGUCUGAAAUCUCAGGGGUUCCGCUGAACAAAAGCAAAUCUGCAAGUAAGAAACCAACGCCUAGACGUGAAACCGUUCACGGCAGCCAGGUGGCGGAACCAGUACGCCGUUUGGAAGGAAGAAGUCCAGGUCGCAGCAAUGGAGGCAGGAUAAGUGAGCAGGGUCGUCGCACCAUCGCCUAUGGUCUGGACAAUACUUCGAUCUCCGGGAGAUCUGUCCAGACCACGACUACGGUCUCAGAUGUGGGUUCCCAGUCGGAGGACGAUGACUAUAGCAUGGUAGAUUCACCGCGUGUAAGGUACUCCCAGGUCCAACAGCCCAGGCGCUCUGUUUCCCUAACAAAAUCCGGGGUUCUGACCACAUCCUACACUCGCGAGUUGGAUGAGCCGCAGUACGAACAAGAUGACUUACCUAACAGCUAUACCUACAACAGACCACAAGUGCCGGCCGCUUCCCUUCAUACACUUCCCACCUAUGAACCACGUGUCGAACCCUCGACCUAUAGACGCACAGAUUUGGGUUUCUCACGCCCACUGCUAACCCAAACCAAUCUGAACUCAACCAGCUAUCAAGCGCCAUCUGGAUUCAACCCACCACUCUCGCCCGUUUCGCCAAGAAACACAUUCAGCGGCUCGGCAAAACCCUUUGGUGGUCCAACACCAGCUCCUGUACGUCAGCGCCAGAAUGUGGCAGCCAGUGGACACAAUCUGGCACGUGGUCGCCUGCUCCAACCGACCACCGCAGUGAACACUCUUUAUCCACAGUUGAAUCAGUUUUACGACAACGCAGGUGAACCGAUGGACACGGACAGUGAGUCUGAGGUGGAUGAGAGUCCAAUUAGAAGCAGUCAUUUCACAACCAAUCGCUCCUCGCCGCUGACCAGACCUCAAGUCAGGAAACCUCUGGUAAGAGAGCAGGAUGAGGUGUCGCCAAUGUCGCAGUUCCGUGCGCUGCUUGCAUCGCUUGACCAGAAAUAUAAUCUCAAGUACUACUUUAUACUAGUAGUGACAGUGACGCUGGCUACCAUGGUGUAUGUGAUUAUGACGCCCAACGUUUAAGAAGCCUUCAUCGCAUGCUAAUGCGUUCGCCUUUAAAUUUGGUUUUGGUUACUAUUCAUAUUUCAAUACCAGGCUUCAGAUUUUGUUCAAUAAAGAGUUUUCACCUUAAGACUAUUUAAAAUUCAAACAUGUUCGAAGCUAACUGUUCAGUUCAAAUUUCCAAGUCUUUAAUUGCUUGUUUUCUCAUUAUUUCUUUUUAUACAUAAUUAGAAAAAUGUACUACAUUAUAAUUAUGGUAUUAAAUAAACUAAUUAAAUGUAAGUGCUCAGUGUUGUUAGUUGCGAUUUGUGUGUGUGGUACUUUCUGACAACGGACCAAGGGAGUUGUAUGCUUUAUGCUACUAUUUACACGCCAUUUAAAUGAACAAAACAAACAGUGUAAAAUCGUCGAAGGAUAUCGGGGAUAGUGGUUA